UAGUCAACAUGGCGGCGGCCAGGAGGAACAAACGCGUGGCGGCCACCCAGUCUGGCUUUUUAAAACUAAACGCAAGUCUUGACCAUAAUGAGUUGAAUACACGGAGAAAGCGUGUCAACAAAAAUAAGAAAAAGAACUGGAACAAGCACAGCGACAUACAGGAUGUUGAAGAGUUCCUGGACGAUGUUAGACUACAAGAGAGAUCCACAGGUGGACUGAUAUCGGAGAAGCCAGAUGACAGCUUGUUUUUUAUGGACACCGGUGAACAUGUAAAAAACAUCCAGAAAGGUGGAACAGAGAAGAAAGGCAGAAGGUCCCGGCCCCUGAGGAUAGACCUCAUCCUUCAGCACGACUCCCUCGUUCCCCCGCCCAAAGUAGCAGAUGGAAUGGACCAUAAAUGUUCUCCUGUGCUUGUAUUCUCCAGUGUUUUGGCUCACCAGCAGCCUAACGCAAAGAAACUCAGACGCAUUUCCCAGAAGGCCGAGCAGCUGGCAGCCAAGGGGGUGCUGCCACGGAGACAGAAGCUACUUCUGAGACGGAAAGUGGCAGCAGGGUCAAAAACUAAAGAGCAGCUCCCAGCCAACAACCACCCAGAAAGACCCUUCUAUGACCUGUGGACAGAGCCAAGUGAAGUGACUGCAGACCCCUGGUUCCUCGAACAGACCAAAAAGAAGCUUGUGAAGAGACCAGACAAGCUGAACCAGAAGCCGUCCGCAUUGCCAGCUGUGGAAGUUAUUGCACCAGGAGGCUCCUACAACCCUGAGUUCUUCUCCCACCAGGCACUGCUGCUUCAGGCCCAUGAGGUGGAGGUGAAGAGGCAGAAGGAAGAGCAGAGGGUGGAGCGGCAGCUGGCGGUCCCGCGGGAGGACAAGGCUACAGAGGAGACUGUGUUCCAGGAGCAGGUGGAAGGCCUGCUGGAAGAAGAGGAGGAGGAGGAGCUUGAGAAGGAAGGGGAGGGGCCUGCGGAAGACAAACCAGCCGGUCAGAGUGCUUCUCGAGAGAAAAAGACAGAGAGACAGCGGAAGAGGGAAAAGGCAGAGAAGGAGAAGGAGCAGCGGAAGAGGGCGGAGCAGGCUUUGACGGGCAGGCGGCAGCAGCUCUUCCAGCUGCGCUCCAUCGGGGUGGAGCUGAAGAAGAGGGAGCAGCGCACCUCGGAGAGGCAGGCCAAGCGCCACGCCCGCCAAGAGGCACAGAAGAGCCUCCCCCGCCGCCUCGGCCGGCUAAAGUUCCAGGCUCCUGAUCUGGAGGUGCAGCUGAGUGAUGAGGUCCCUGGCUCCCUGCGCUUGCUCCGGCCAGAGGGCAGCGUUCUCAAGGACCGCUUCAAGAGCCUGCAGAAGAGGAACAUGAUUGAACCCAGAGAAAGAGCCAAGUUCAAGAGGAAACACAAACUGAAGUAUGUGGAGAAAAGAGCCUUCAAGGCCAUCACCUGAAGACCAGACCCCCAAACCCCCUGCUCCCUGCUCCCACUCUCUGUUUGGAAUAAAUGAAUCUAUGUUUGAA